AUGCUCCCUCCGGGCAACAUCCUGCUCCUGCUUUUGCUCCCAGUGGCUGCAGCUCAGAUAGCUCCAGGUGAGAAAUCAAAACUCCUUCCCCUUUGCCUUGCUACAUCAGGUUCCUGUUCCGGAUGUGGUCCCCUCUCCCUGCCACUUCUGGCAGGCCUUGUGGCUGCUGAUGCUGUGGUGUCUCUGCUAAUCGUGGUGGUGGUGUUUAUAUGUGCCAGACCACGUGACAGGCCCACCCAAGAAGAUGGCAAAGUCUACAUCAACAUGCCUGGUAGGGGCUGA